ACGCUGCCGCCGUAUCCCGGCGCCCGCGAUGGCGAGUGGGAGCUUUUGCAAGCAUCCGUCGGCAUAUCCGCCAUGCACAUGCAACUCCUCUACAACAACAAGGUCAUCAUGUUUGACCGGACCGACUUCGGCCCAUCUAACCUCUCGCUGCCGGACGGCCGGUGCCGGUAUGACCCCUCCGACGACGCGCUGAAAGUUGAUUGCACCGCUCACUCUAUCUUAUACGAUAUUGGCACCAAUACUUUCCGGGCUCUCACCGUACAAACCGACACGUGGUGCUCUUCCGGGGCUGUUCUUCCCGACGGGACCCUCAUCCAAACCGGCGGCUACAACGACGGCGACCACGUCAUCCGCUCGUUCACCCCCUGCACGGACGAAAACUGUGAUUGGUUUGAGGUUCCAAGACACUUGACCGAACGGAGAUGGUAUGCGUCCAAUCAAAUACUGCCAGAUGGUCGGAUAAUCAUUGUCGGAGGGAGACGACAAUUCAACUACGAAUUUUACUCUCAAAUCCAACAAGAUUCUACUUCAUCGUACCCAGGAACUUUUCGGCUUAAUUUUCUACUACAAACCGCGGAUCCAAGUGAAAACAAUUUGUACCCAUUUCUACACCUUUUGCCAGACGGAAACUUGUUCAUUUUCGCUAAUACACGGUCGAUAUUAUUGGAUUAUAGACAUAACCGUGUGGUGAAAGAGUUUCCUCCCAUCCCCGGUGACGACCCUCGUAACUACCCGAGCUCGGGCUCGUCGGUGUUGCUUCCUCUCGACGAAAACAAUGGUAAUGUUGUAGCUGAAAUCAUGGUGUGUGGCGGCGCACCGCGGGAGGGGUUCUUGCAGGUAACACAAUAUGGGAGCUUCACGCACACCCUUUCCACGUGCGGCCGAUUAAAUGUGAGCGAUGAGAACCCUAAUUGGGUCAUGGAAGACAUGCCAAUAGCACGAGUGAUGGGUGACAUGUUGCUUCUUCCCAACGGAGACAUCAUUAUAAUCAAUGGUGCAGGACAUGGGACUGCUGGUUGGGAAAAUGGUCGGGAUCCUGUGAGAGAACCAGUCAUCUAUCGCCCUUCUGCGGCCUCUGACCAGCGCUUCUAUGUCAUGUCAGCCUCGUCAAAGCCAAGACUAUACCAUUCCUCAGCGAUUUUACUACCCGAUGGGCGAGUUUUGGUUGGAGGUAGUAAUCCGCAUAUAUACUAUAACUUCACUACCAUGGAGUUCCCGACUGAUCUAAGCCUAGAGGCCUUUUUGCCGCCCUAUUUAGCGGCGGGCUACAGCCUGAUUCGGCCGAUAAUCAUGUCACUAAACGAGGUUGUAAGGCACGGAGAGUUUUUCACGGUGAUGUUCACCGUACCGGAGUAUUUGACGGUGGAGGCUAUUUCAGUGAGGAUCAUUGCUCCGUCCUUUACAACACAUGCAUUCUCCAUGAAUCAGAGGAUGGUGGUGCUGAGGUUGAUUGCAGUUUCACACUUGACAAAAUGUACCUACAAUGCAACCGUGGUGGGGCCAUCGACGGCUGAGAUUGCGCCACCAGGGUACUAUAUGUUGUUUGUGGUGCAUGCUGGUAUACCAAGUUCUGCAGGAAUGUGGGUGAAGGUGCAGUGA